AUGCCCAAGUAUAAGUUGGUAUAUUUUGAUUUGAGAGGUAGAGCAGAAUUAUCCCGCUUGUGUUUUGCUGCUGCUGGAGUUGUUUUUGAUGAUGUAAGAGUCCCGGUCACGAAAUGGUUGGAAAUCAAACCAACAACACCUUACGGAGAACUACCUUAUUUAGAAUUGGAUGGUAGAAGAAUUACACAAAGUAUGGCGAUAUCUCGUUUCCUUGCAAACGAAUUCAAUUUAUUUGGUGAUAGUAAUUAUGAACGACUGAGAAUUGAUGAAGUAGUCGAGCUGGUUGAAGAUUUUAGGAAGGGUUUCGUAAAUUAUUACAGAGAAGCAGACCCGAGUAAAAAGGUAAAGUCACUUAUAUCAAUAAACAUGCCUUUUUUAGGAAUAUUUUCUAAAAUAUUGUCUGGAAAUUCAUCGGGUUAUUUGGUUGGCAACAAGAUAUCUCUUGGUGAUUUGGCACUCUUUGAUGUCAUGGAGUUUCCAUUGGAUCAAUGUGAGACGACAUUGGACAAGUACCAAAAACUCAGGGAACACAGAAAUCUCGUACAAUCACAUCAGUCGUUACAAAAAUAUCUGGAGCAAAGACCAAAGACAGAAAUUUAA